UGUCUCAGUUUACUCAGAGGUUCAGGAUUUUAGAGGCCUUCAGCUAGAGUUUUAGAUAUAUCGCUGCAAGUUCAUAAGGGUUUUUGCGACAAAGGGGAGAUUUUUUGUGGAAGGGGCCUGAGUCUAAUUGCUGCUUUUAGAUUUACAAUGGAUUGUUCGUCUUGGGUCAACACGUCCUUGGAUCUCAACAUUAGACCUCAUCAUCAUAUGCUUCGCGAAGAAGUUCCCAAAAAGGAGGUGGAAAACAAAUUUUUCUUAUCUGGAAGGAAAUCUUCUGUAAAAGAAGAGUCAUGUCAGACAAGUGGUGCGUUGGAGGAUGAACUGAAGAGGGUGAGUGCAGAGAACAAGAAGUUGACAGAAAUGCUCACUGAGAUGUGUGAGAAUUACGAUGCUCUAAGAAGACACUUGGCUGAAUACAUGAGAAAUAAUCCUCAAAAGGAUACCAACAGCACCUUCCCAUCAAAGAAAAGGAAGCCUGAUAACAGCAGCUACAACAACAACACUAAUAAUAAUUCCAUGGCGAUUAAUGGCACCGCGGAGAGCUGCUCAACUGAUGAAGAAUCAUGCAAGAAACCUAAGGAAGGCACCAACAAAGCAAAAGUUUCCAAAGCUUAUGUCAGGACAGAAUCAUCUGAUACUAGCCUGAUUGUGAAGGAUGGAUAUCAAUGGAGGAAAUAUGGGCAAAAAGUGACCAGAGAUAACCCUUCUCCAAGAGCAUACUUCAAAUGCUCUUUCGCUCCAAGCUGUCCAGUCAAAAAGAAGGUGCAAAGAAGUGUGGAAGAUCAAUCUAUUCUGGUUGCAACUUAUCUAGGGGAGCACAAUCAUCCUCAUCCUUCUCAAAUGGAGACAACAACUGCAUCAGGAUCUAGUCGUUUUGUGAGCCAAGCUUCAGUACCAUGUUCAUCAGCAUCUUUGAGCUCGUCCUCUGCGCCAACAACAAUUGCCUUUGACUUGACAAAAUCCAAGUCCGGCGCCAACAACAUGAAUGCCACUCCCGCCACUCCCGCCAAGAACCCUAAAGCGAAACUCGAUUCGCCAGAAGUCCCUCAGGUUUUAGUGGAACAGAUGGCCUCUUCCUUGACUAAAGAUCCCAAUUUCAGAGCAGCACUUGUUGCUGCUAUUUCGGGGAGAAUAUCCCAAAAGGAUUAAAGACCAGUGGAAUUCCAAAGUUUCUUACUUUAACUGGAUCAUUCUUAAAUCAUGGCCGGGGAUCUCUUUGUUGUAAAUACAGACAAAGGAAGACUAGGACAUGUUCCUCGGUUUGAUCCUUAACGUUGGGAGGGGGGAGGGGAGAUGAUCAAGCUCACAAGGAAAGCCCAAAUCAGACACUCAAAGUUCUUGCAGAAGUCUGUCAAGGUGACUGAAGAGCUCUGUUUCAAGCAGUCUCAUCGUCUCUGAAAGCCACGUCUGCUUCCUUCUCAUCUGCCAUAUUCCAUGUACUCUCCUUUUAAUUACAUAAAUGAUUAAGAAUAGUGAUGCAAAUAUAGAGCUGUUUUAUAUGAAAGCUCAGCUUUAGAUUUUUCAGAGAAAAGAACUAUCAAUAUUUGAAUAUCGAUAUAUAAAAUUGAAUUUAUAUAGGAA